AAUAUGCACAGUGCAAACAGAAAUUUGACCGCGACCCGCUGGAAGUAUUGACACAGCUCUUCAUUGAAUAAAUUUACCGACAACCUGUUAGCUGUCACCAGUACAUUUCCUCGUUGAAUCACUAUAUAGAGGAUUACCUCAACCGCCGUGGGACGUGUUUUAUUAAUCCCACCACCACCUCAAGGAGUACUGAAAUACAAGGAAUACAUUUCUUGUAGACUACGCCCACUUGUAUUGUGGCCAACAGAAUCAACAUAAUAAAGAGCGCUUCUCGACCUGAACGGUGUACCGCCACAAAACCAGCCACGGAGGCAUGCGGAUUGUGGAGAAUAACAUCAGGGCUCUUAGGAAUUCAAACAACUGCGGAAUCCAAUGAGUGUCAUACACUGUAUGUCCUAAUCAUAAAGUAUUUAUGAUUUGGUACCUGGUCGCCCAGGAAUAUAUGGUUAUCUUCUAUGUAACUGAUUGACUAGUACACCCAUUCAUUCAGCGGCGACAUCAUUAAAUGAUAGGGACGGAUUGUGUUCAGUGAAGGCGUUCAAUACCACCUGACAGAUAAUAAAACGACAUCCCACCAUGAAGGCGGUGAAAUAUUCAGAGAGCGUUUCUGUUGGAAGUCUCCCUGCCUACGACGAAUUCUCGGUAACAGCACAGUGUGACAUCAACGUGAAGAAACGGUUCAAUAAUGGCGUGAAACUAAACGGGCCCUCGUGGUGCCCAGUGAACUACAGAGACAAGGUAACCUGUUACAUUGACUCAACGAGGCGGAGAUAUAGGAGCGAUGUGUUUUACGAAGCUCGCAUCAAACCAAAAUCGUUUUCUGACACCGUGUAUGUGUUCCCUAAGAACCCUGAGAUGUCCUACAUAACCACGUUCACACAGCACCCGGACUCCACAAGACGGUGGUACAAGACCUCCGUGGACAUGGACGGUCCGUUUACACCCAACGGUACUCUGAUUAGCACCUGGAGACCGGAGGGAUCUCAGAAAGAGGAAGAGGAAGAAGAUGAUCUGUUUUACAGUCAACGCCCCAUGAUGAAUGGAGAAAUGAACGGUGAUAUUAACGGUCAUGUUGGCUAUGGUCGAUAUGUUAACGGCAAUAUAGGCAGCAGCAGUUCAGAAGAGGAAAUCAGUCUGUGAGAUUGGUACGAUAGACAAUUGACACACCUAUGUCUGUUUUAUUUAUACACUGUUCAUAUUUAAACAAGGAAAGAGGAUGACAAUGUAGGUUAUCUCCGAUACGCCAAUUUUAUGAUUAUCGACAUGUGACACAUGUUAUAUUAAUCCAGAUUACACAGAAGGAAUACAGCACGUUUAUAUUGACAAUGAUAAGAUAACAUAACACGAACAAAUGAUAUUACAUGAUGUCCAUAGGCGAUCACACACAUAGUAACAGUUACUUAGCAGUGACAGGUGGAUAAGACUAAAAGAACACAGAUGUAAUAUUGCCUUGCACAUUACCACUACUUAAAAUGGUGUAACCAAGCCAAAAUAACGAAAGAGUGAAGGAGAGCGAGAGAACAUAUUUAGACUACUUAUUCUUUUCAAGUAGAUUGCAUUCACCUAUUUUCAUCAUGCCGGGGAAGUGUUAAUAUUUUUCACUACAUAUUAUUGGAUAUCACAUUUUGAUAUACACAAGUGUAUAACCAUUAGUCAGUAUCAUUGACCCAAUCUAUGCCGUUUAAGAACAAAUAAUGUCUCCUAUCAACCUUUAAGGACCUUGGCAUUUUAUUGCCGCGUUGCUCUGAUUUAAAACGUAACGAUCUUUUCUUUCGAAUUAUCGAUCUGUAAGUUGCAGUCAGAUCUGAACAAUAUAUAUUUAUAUAAAUCCAUGUUUGUAAUAGAAAAGGCUUGUCUGGUUCUUGCAA